AGGAGCAUGCAGUGCUCGCCUAGCCUGGUGGGGGUCCUCAGCUCCCUGCUGAUGGCCCUGGGGCUGCUGAACCUCAGGAGCUACAUCCACGCGCCACUCCCUUACGGGAGGUAUGACGACGACCUGAAGCAAGAGGACAACGGCGCCAAGGACCAACGCCGCUGCCGCCGCCGCCGCGCCCACCUGCCCGCUCGCUGCGCGUGGUUCCUGCAGGAGCUGCCCUCCUUCCUGGUACCCGCGCUGCUGCUGGCGCUGCGCAGCCCGCCGCGCUUGGACCCGCUCGGCUGCGGGCUGCUAGGCAUGUUCUGCGGCCAUUACUUCCAGAGGACAUUCAUUUACUCAGUCCUCACAAGGAGCAGACCUUUCCCGUUGAAAACGUUCUUUUCCUGCAUGCUGUUUUGUAGCUAUAAUGGCUUCCUUCAAGGUUACUACAUGAUUUACUGUGCUGAAUACCCACAUGACUGGUGCAAAGACAUCAGAUUUAUAUCAGGCAUCUUGCUGUUUUUGUCUGGAAUGGGAAUAAAUAUUCACAGUGAUAUUCUUCUACGCCGGCUAAGAAAACCUGGGGAGUUCACUUACAAGAUCCCACAAGGAGGUCUAUUUACAUAUAUAUCAGGAGCAAACUUCUUUGGUGAAAUACUGGAAUGGUUUGGCUAUGCUCUAGCAACCUGGUCGCUCCCAGCAUUUACCUUUGCACUUUUUACACUCUGUAUCAUUGGGCCUCGUGCUUAUCAUCACCACAGGUACUAUCUUAGGACGUUCACAAGGUAUCCUAGAUCAAGAAAAGCCUUGAUUCCUUUUAUAUUCUAGAGGUCAAUUAUUUGGACCUUCCCCUCCCCCACCGCAUUUUGUGUGUCUUUGCAUUAAUUUUUAAAAAUGAGUUUUAGUCUUAAUAAGUGUAAAAUGCUAAUGUCAAGAUUCAAGAAUAAAGUGUUUCCAUGAA